UCAUGACAACUGGAAUCAAAUCGGCUCAGUUGCAAUUUGGAUUUCUCAGUGUACGCAAUUUCGCUAGUAAAGGAAAAAUGGGUUUACCUCGUGUCUUCUUUGAUAUGACCGCUGAUGGUCAGCCAUUGGGCCGCAUUGUUAUGGAGCUCCGCAGCGAUGUUGUUCCCAAGACCGCUGAGAAUUUCCGUGCUCUCUGCACCGGCGAAAAGGGUUUCGGCUACAAGGGCUCCUGUUUCCAUCGUGUCAUUCCCAAUUUCAUGUGCCAGGGCGGUGAUUUCACAAACCACAACGGCACUGGCGGUAAAUCCAUCUAUGGCAACAAGUUCGCCGAUGAGAACUUCACCCUAAAGCACACCGGUCCCGGCAUCUUGUCCAUGGCCAAUGCUGGCCCCAACACCAAUGGCUCCCAAUUCUUCAUUUGUACCGUGAAGACCGCUUGGUUGGAUAACAAACAUGUUGUGUUCGGCCAGGUUGUCGAUGGCAUGGAUGUGGUCAAGCAAAUCGAAUCGUAUGGCUCGCAAUCGGGCAAGACCAGCAAGAAGAUUGUUGUGGCCGAUUGUGGUGCAUUGUAAACAAAGAACC